CCGAUAGAGACUUCCAAUAGAGGUAGCUUUACUCAAAGAACUAUUUCAGGUGGAUUUCUGUUUGGCUACGAUACAGGUGUAGUGACAGCGGCAAUGAUGUACGUGCCGGAUAAUAAGGGCAUGAAACCCGUCAAUAAUAUAUGGCAUGAAGUAAUCGUGAGCAUCACAUCUGGCUUCGCCGCGGUUGGCGCACUGCUUUCAGCCCGUGGGUCAGACUUGUUUGGAAGAAAGAAGGUGAUCGUAGCCGCUUGUAUCGUCUUCACUGCUGGAGCUGUAGUAUGCGCAGUAGCAUGGACUAAAGUGGUACUGGUCAUUGGACGAGUACUACUUGGUAUCGCCAUCGGUUUCGCUUCAAUGAUCGUGCCGGUGUACGUGAGUGAAGCUUCUCCGUCACACAUUCGUGGACGGUUGGUUACCGGCUUCCAACUAAUGAUUACGGUCGGUAUGGUGGUAGCAAAUGUAGUUGGUGCUGGAUUCAGCUACCUUAAUCCAGUAAAUGUAGGAUGGAGGUUGAUGUUCGGAUUUGCCGGUGUACCAGCAAUAAUUCAAUUCGUCUGCUUCCUGUUCUUGCCAGAAAGCCCUCGAUGGUUAUUUGAACACAACAGGACAGAGGAAACCGAAGUACUGAGAAAAAUUUACAACGGAGAUGAAGAAUGGGUUAAGUAUGAAAUGGCCGAAAUCAAACAUGGGCAUCGAAUGGAGCGAAUGGCAAAGGAGGAACAUGCAGGGAAUGGUCCAAUGCUAUUGAGAAUUAUACGGACACCUCAUGUUCUGAAAGCCUUAUUUAUUGGAAGUGUCAUACAAGCAUUCCAGCAACUAUCCGGUAUCAAUACAGUCAUGUACUACACAACGAACAUAAUUCAAUCCGCUGGUGUGACUGAUAACCAUGCUACGAUAUGGAUCGCUGUAGGCACUUCAGCUGUCAACGCCUUCGGAACCUUCAUCCCGAUCGCGUUAGUGGAACGAAUGGGACGUCGGGUCCUUUUUAUGAUCUCCAUGACAUUUGUGAUUCUUUCUCUUCUCGCAAUGGGCGGUGCUUUCAUCCUUAUCAAUAAAGUGAGUGAACUUCACAAAAAGAUUGUUAUAGAUACAGAGUCCAAGAAAUUAAGCGCUAACUGCGAUUUCUGCGUCACUGAUGACAACUGUGGCUUCUGUGCGGUGAAAGGCUUGAAAACUGGUACAUUGCUUUUCGCUACGAAGCUGACUAGGGCACUUUCAGGAUCAAAGUAUCAAUGGGAUGCAAAAACGUGUGAAACAAAAUACACAGUACUCCCUAUUAUAAUUAUGGUUCUCUAUUUACUGUCAUUUUCAAGUGGUUAUGGACCACUGCCAUGGGUAGUGAAUGCUGAAUUCUACCCACUGUGGGCUCGAAGUACAUGCGUCUCAAUUACUACCGCAUGCAAUUGGACAUUCAAUCUUAUCAUAGCCCUAACUUAUUUAUCACUUGGACAAGCUAUUACCAAAUAUGGUACAUUCUUCCUGUAUGCUGGAUUUACAUUUAUUGCAUUGAUAUUUGUUUAUUGUUUCGUACCAGAAACACGCGGUUGCUCAAUCGACGAAGUUGAGCUACUAUUCAUGACCAAAAAAGCCCGUGAACAUGCUUUACGGCGGAAUGAAAAGUCAGCAAACAAUAUGGAACCAAGAGUAUCUACUAUAGAACUACAAAUUAAAGAUCCUAUAUAG